UCGACACGCCCAGGUUUCGUCUCACUACGACAUCGCGUCGUUUUACGUAAGGCAAGCGCUCCGGUUUCCUGGCGGAGAAGAUGGCGGCUCCUGGACCGGGGGAGUAUUUCAGCGUCGGGAGCCAUGUCUCUUGCCUCACCUGCUUGGGCCAACGUCUGCAAGGAGAAGUGGUCGCCUUUGACUACCAGUCCAAGAUGUUAACUCUGAAAUGUGCUUCCUCCAGCGGUAAGCCAAACCUCAACGACGUCAUCCUGAUCAACUUAGCCUAUGUUUCUGAUGUGGACAUAAUUAAUGACCGCACUGAGACUCCACCCCCACUAGCAUCACUGAAUGUUAGCAAGCUUGCCAAUCGAGCACGGACAGAAAAGGAGGACAAGCUGUCCCAAGCCUAUGCAAUCAGUGCUGGGGUUUCUGUGGAGGGCCAACAGCUAUUCCAGACUAUUCACAAAACCAUCAAAGACUGUAAAUGGCAGGAGAAGAACAUUAUUGUGAUGGACGACGUUGUAAUCUCGCCACCUUACCAGGUUGAGAACUGCAAAGGCAAAGAGGGAAGCGCUUUAAGUCAUGUACGCAAAAUAUUACUGAAAUUCACGGACACAGCCCCCCCAAACUUUGGAAAGCUGUAGAGGAAGGGGAGUUCAGAUGCUGUUCGACCAUCAAACACUUGGGUUGAGAAACAUUUUAGAGAUGUGGAAAGUCAGAAGUCCAUGCAACGUUCACAAGCACAGCAAACACAGAAGGACUCCACUUUAUCUUCUUGAGGUGGCAGUGCGGGUCGGCCGGGGAAGGCGACGCUGGGGUUUUGUUCCCACUGCCAGACUAAUUCGGCAUUCCUUGUCCUCAGUCUGAGACCACAAGGAGGAGCGCUGAGGGCCCUGCAUCCAGAAGAUCAAAAUAUCAUUAAAUGAAAAAGACAAAAAAGAAAGAGGAAAGAUUAAAUCUUAAAUUAGACUUUAUAAAGAAUAAUUUAAACAUGAACCAUAAAGCAACCAUAGUUUCCUGAACUAACUUGUCUCAUUCUGCCCCUACUCCUCCCCCCUCCUCUUCCUAUCCCUGAAGCCUUUUCUUUUUCCGCCCUCCUUCCUUUGCCUUCAGUUCCAUUUCAAAAAGAGAAAACUAGAGCAGUCAGAAAGGCUUGUUAGCUUUAUUUUCUGUCAUUGUUUCCUUUUUUGCUGUAUCCAUGUUCUACUGUCUGUAUUUUCUGUAUUUUAAACAAAAUGUGACUUGAAACGCCACACUUUAAAGGACAUUUUCUAAAAUAAAAGUAACAAAAAUUCUGA